AUGGCCGGAAGUAUUUCCAUUCGUAGAUCCAUCCGAUGGCUCCCUGGGGAUGCAAGCGAACCUACAUCAACCAUUGUGUUGACAUCUCCACAACGUCAGUUUGUAGAUUUACGAAUCCUCAAAGACGGUGACACAAUCCAAAGUUUACAAGACCAACUCCCCCUAUCAAGACUCGACUGGGCCAUCGCAGGAACAUCCUCUUCUAGCACCCGCACCAUCAACGGCGAGCAAGUAUGCCACUCACGAUGGGACCACUGGGUCAGUUCGCGUACAGAUCAGCCUGACAAGGCCUCCGAUGAAGGUGACAUGUAUCCGCAGCCCGACGGGAGUACCCUUGAAAUAGGGAGCAUGGUGAAUCCCGACACGGGACGAGACACACCCUACGAAGAGAUCUGGGAUGAUGAAGACCCACAGCCAACUACUUCUGAACAAGUUUGCGCGGUGCUCAAGUAUGAAGAUGGUAAAGAGAGGGGCAUGGCGGUAAGACUGGGACGAUAUUGUCAGGGUUUUUUGAAAACCAGCUCCAACAUGUCCCUGGAGAGGUGGGAAUGGCAGGACUCGCGUGCCGCGCGAACCGUAAGAAUCGGCUCAGAGGAGUUACCAUGCGGCGAAUCCUUAACUAGGGUAUACAGACUCGGCGAAGAAGUCACUAUAGGCUCCAAGAAAUGGACAGUAGUCGAAGUAGCAUGA